AUGAACAUUGUGAGAAAAGUCAAUUUCAUGAUACCGUGGAACUUAAUUUGCAUUCAUUUUCUGCUGUUUUCCUUGGAAGAUUAUGAUGAAUCUGCUAGACUGCAGAAGUUUCUUCUGGGGCUCACGUUAAUGAUUCUUUUUCUCAGGAUCAAAAUUCAUCAGGAGGAAGGAGAAAUCAGUGGAAACUGCCCAUUUAAAUGCCUUAAUGGAGCAGUUUGCACAAAGGCAGGAGUAUGUGACUGUGAGAUGUUCCAGGCACAGGGUGAAAGAUGCCAAUUGGUUCCAAAUGCAGGCAAAGACAGAGAUGGUAUUUGCAAAUCAUGGGGGCAGCAUCAUUUUGAAACCUUUGAUGGCAUCUACUAUUACUUCCCUGGAAAUUGUUCUUAUAUUUUUGUGAAAGACUGCAGUGAUCCUGAGCCUCAAUAUACAGUAUGGAUUAAUAACAGUCCACACUGUGUUGGUUCUGUGUACUCUUGCUUGCGGUCCAUCAGCCUGUUCUUUUUAAAUCAGGAUGAAAUAAUCAUAUUGGGACAUGAAGUGAGGAAAGGCAGAGUCAGGUUGAUGUUGCCCCAGACAAUUGGAAAUGUCUUCAUUGAACGAUUAGCAGAUUACAUUCUGGUGAAAACUACCUUUGGCUUUUCCCUAGCCUGGGAUGGAAACUCUGGGAUUUAUGUUAAACUAACAGAAGAACACAAGGGAAAAACAUGUGGUCUGUGUGGAAACUAUAAUAGCAAUAUGUCAGAUGAUCUCAUAAUACAAAAUAUUGACUAUAAAGAAGAUAUUGCUAAAUUUGCCAACAGUUGGUCUGUGCAAACCCCAGAUGAUGCUACUUGUGUACCUACUGCCUCUGAUUUUCCGAGUCCAUGCUCUGUUGAUUCAGAAUCUUAUGAGAACAUCUACGUCAAGUGCCAAAUACUCUUGCAGUUUCCUUUCUUCAGCUGCCACCAAAGCAUUGAUCCAUACCCAUAUAUUUCCAGCUGUUUGAAUGACCUUUGUGGAGAGGAUGAUGAUGAGACUUACUGCCGAGCAGUGACAGAAUAUGCUAGAUCGUGCUCACAUGCAGGUUAUCCAGUACGAGAUUGGAGGGAUGACUUUCCAGCAUGUACUGAAAAGUGUGAAGAUAGCUUCAUCCACCGGGAUUGUAUUAGCUGUUGUCCACCAACCUGUACUUUUGAGAAGGAUUGUCUUGGCAGUAACCUCCAUUGUUUAGAUGGAUGCUAUUGUCCAGAUGGUCUCAUACUGGACAACGGAACCUGUAUUUCUGUGUCAGAUUGCCCUUGUGUUUAUCAUGGGACGGCUUUUCCUGUAGGCUCCAAAAUUGAGCAAGAAUGUAGCAACUGUAUUUGUAUUGGUGGCAUUUGGAAUUGCACUGAGCAUGAUUGCCCAGCUGAAUGUUCGAUCAUAGGAGAUUCUCAUUUCACAACUUUUGAUGGACGCCAUUACACCUUCCUUGGGAUUUGUCAGUACAUUCUGGUGAAAGGCACUGGGAAAGACAAAUUCACAAUUACUUUACAAAAAACUCCUUGUGGUCUGAAUCUUGACCAUGCAUGCAUUCAGUCAAUAACACUAGUCCUUGAAGAUGUAAGCAAGCAAGUUACUGUGAACCGAGGUGGUGAAGUUCAGUUUGGUUCUUCCAACCAGGGAUUUAACUUAAAUGGAUAUGUUGAAGUGUGGAACUUGUCUUCAUUGUUUGUACAACUGAAAACUAAGUUUGGUUUAAGAAUUCAGUUUGCUAAAGAUGGAGAGAGAAUAUAUAUUCAGCUCAGUUCUGACUGGAAGAGAAGAACUCUGGGUCUAUGUGGAACUUAUAAUGGAAAUUUGAGAGAUGACUUUCUUUCUCCAGCAGGAAUGAUUGAAGGAACUCCACAGCUUCAUGCCAACGCAUGGAAAGUUUCUUCAGCAUGCCAUGUGCCUGUCAACGUCCCUGUGGUUGAUCCUUGUAACAUUAACCAACAAAAUGUUGGUUAUGCAUCCCAGUGUGAUUUGAUCAAUCAAGACCUCUUUGCUCCGUGUCAUGACUACAUCAGCCCAGAAUUAUACUACCAACUGUGCCGCUUUGAUGCUUGCAAAUGUGGGAGCACUUGUUUGUGCAAUGCGCUUGCUCACUAUGCCUAUGUAUGUCGCAAGCAUGGAAUUACUGUUGACUUCAGAUCUCAUGUCUCAUACUGUGGAUUAGUGUGUAGAAGUGGUAUGCAGUAUCACCAGUGCUCUUCCUUCUGUGAGCGCUCCUGUUCUUCCUUAUCUUUUUUGGAUGUUUGUGAUCAUGACUGUGUGGAAGGCUGUAAUUGCCCAGAAGGGAAAUACUUUGAAGCAUCUAUCAACUUUUGUGUUCCAAUGUCUAGCUGUCGAUGUUAUUAUAAAGGCAGAAGUUUUCAGCCCGGGGAAAUGCUACCCACAGCAUCAGGCUUAUGCCAUUGUCUGAAUGGAACAAUGAAAUGCACUGAAGCUGCUGCAGUUCCUGCAGUUCACGCAUGCCCUGAAGAAAAAAUCUACUACGACUGCCGAUCUCAUGUUCCUGGCUUGCCAUCAGCUGGAGUGAAUUGUGAGCUAUCUUGUGCAAACCUUGCCAUGAACUUUACCUGUACACCCUCGCCACCCUGUGUGAGCGGUUGCGUCUGCCCCCCUGGGAUGGCAGAACAUAAAGGAAAAUGCUAUGUCCCGGAUAGCUGUCCAUGUACCUGGAAAGAUUGGGAAUAUAUGUCUGGAGAAAUGAUAGCUACACCUUGUUAUACAUGUGUUUGUCGACGUGGGAUAUUUAAUUGCACUUAUUAUCCUUGUCCUGCUGUAUGUACAGUCUAUGGGGACCGGCAUUAUUAUACCUUUGAUGGACUAGAAUAUGAUUUUGUCAGUGAUUGCCAGGUUUAUUUGGUAAAGAGUUCAGACAGUUCAAAUGUGUCUAUAAUAAUUCAGAACAAGAAGUGCUUUGAUAAUGACAUUGUUUGCUCCAAGAGUGUCUUUAUCUCUGUUGGAGAGACUGAGAUUUAUUUCAGUGAUCCUGUAGACAUACAGGUAAGUUAUAUGAUACAUGAGAACAAAACCAAAUAUCAGCUUUGGAAGGCUGGACAUUAUACAGCAGUACACUUCCCAGAUCAGGAGAUCACCAUCCUGUGGGACAGAAAGACAACAAUGCACAUCAAAGUCGGAGCUCAAUGGAAGAGUAAAUUGGCAGGUUUGUGUGGGAAUUUUGAUAAAUUCACUUCAAAUGAUCUCACUACAUCCAACAACAUGGAAGUUAAAAAUGCUCAAAUUUUUGGAGAGAGUUGGGCAAUAGGACCGUGUGCAAGCCCAAAUGAGACCAUUAAACCAUGUGAAGUACAUCAGAGCAAGUUCCCUUAUGCCAAAAAGGAAUGCUCAAUUUUGUACAGUGAUGUUUUUGCCCCCUGUCGCAAUGUGAUCGAUGUGACAUCCUUUGUCAAAAACUGCCAUACAGACACAUGCAAUUGUAAUCUUGGUGGAGAUUGUGAAUGUCUAUGUACAAGUAUUGCAGCUUAUGCUCACAAAUGCUGUCAGCAGGGUGCUGUAAUUCACUGGAGAUCUCCUUCCCUCUGUCCGUAUGACUGUGAUUACUACAACCAAGGCCUCGGAGAAGGACCAUUUAUUUUGGCAAGCUAUGGCCAGAAUGACACCGUUAUAGGAGUCAACAUCAGCAGCAGAAAGAUAUUCCCUUUGCCUCGAAUUAGUAUGAAUGGAAAUGUGUAUUUUAAUUUUAUGCUAACUCCAGGACUUUUUAAAGAUAAAAUAUUAUCUCCGUCUCUGGUUUCCCUUGAGUCUGCUGAAAGACCAAACUACUUUUUGUAUGUCCAUGACAAUGAAAGUGUUUGCUUAGAACAGUGGGAUACAAGUGCGUCGUUUCAUAGAAGAGCCACUUUCUUCCAUCAUCAGGGCCUUUGGAUCCCGGGUUACAGCUCAUUUGAAUUGCAUAGCAAGAAAGGCUUUUUCAUUAUACUCAGCACAACUGCUGUGAAAGUAUCAAAAUAUGAUGACUCCGAAGAAUUCAAACGUUCAAGCAGUUUCAGUAUAGAGGAGCUUCAUGCAGCAAUACCUUACAGGAGAAUGUGUGAAUGGCGAUAUGAACCUUGUUCAAGUCCUUGUGUAAAAACAUGCAGUGAUCCUGAAGGAACAGCAUGUAAAUUUCUCCCACCAGUUGAGGGAUGUUUACCAUAUUGUCCUAAAGAUAUGAUUCUCGAUGAAGUCACACUUAAAUGUGUUUACCCAGAAGACUGCAUACCUUUAAAACCCACAGAAUCUGUUUCUGUCACCAAACUACCGAGAACAGGGCCAACAGUUCUAAGUUCCCACACAGUGGAUACAACAGAGAUAUUUUCUCAGAUGCCUGCCAUGUUUGUUACUGUUGAGCCAGCACACAUUAAUCUAACUACGAUAAUGGCAAUGGAAGGAGAAACAACAUUAAAAGGAACAAAUGCUACAGAAAAAUUACUUACAGAUUCAGAUGCAUCCAGCAAGCAUUUACCUGAUUUACUACCAUUUACAGAACAACCUUCUGAAGACAGCUACAGCACUAUAAGCCCACCUGUGCUUCUUAGACCUACAACCUCAACAACUUCCAAAGUCUCAGCGGUUACCUUAAAAGAAACAUCUCCUAGCACAAGCCCCUCAUUCUCUAUCUCAUUGCCUCCUUCAGUUCUAGCGGUAUCAUCUUUCUCAGCUUUUCCUUCAAUAACCACAACGUCAACAAUGCCGUUAGAAUCUGCAACUUCUCUGGCUACAUUAGCCACUCUUCCCCUUGGACCAGACUUUGUUAAAAUGCCAACAAGCACUUUCACUACCAGAAGUCCAGCAGCAAGUCACUCUCAGUCAUCAGGGACAGCCCCACAAUCUGUAUUCACUGAAAGCAUAUCUUUUUCAACUCCCAUGUUAUUUACAGGUUCACCUUUAACACAAACAUUUUCUGUGACUUCAAGAAGUAAGUCAACUGAGACUCUUCCUCUUAUUCAUCCAUUCUCUCUUUCUGAACUGACAUCUCAGAUUCCCUUACUUACUUCUAGAUUUACUACAUUUUCAACAAGUUCUCAUAUUACCACAGCUUCAGAUAUGGUGACAACACAAGCUGCCUCACAAAUAUUAAAUAGUACUUUUAUGCCUACAUCUGCAUCUCUGAAAACACUUCUGACACCUCCUGAACAUAUUGCACCCUUAAUUACAAAACACAUCUCUGCUUUUGAAGAUAAAAUCAGGCCAUCAUCUUCAAUUGUUGGAAAGACACCGACAUUCAUCUGGUCUUCACUGAGUCCCAAAGAGACAUAUGUGAUGCCUACGUUAAUGCCUCCUCCAAUUACAACACAAAGACCCAAAGCAACUGGAGAAGUCACAAUUGUCUCAAAGAGCUUUCAUAUAGGGCCUUCUACAGCUUCUCUUCCAGGCAUUCCCCAAACCUCUAAACCGUUAAGUAAGCAUACAUUACACACGGAUUCAUCUCCAGUAUCAACGGUUCCUGAGAGUUCAGCAGAAUUUGCUAGAACUAGAUCUUUACCUAGUAGUACCUCAACGUUACCUGUAACAGUUCCAUACGAUAUAGCACAAACGACGUCUAAGGCAACUGUGCACUUACUUGGUCCACACACAGAAUUAAAAACUGCUUCUGCGAUUAAAAGUGUGGACACUUUCCCAACUUCUGCAGAGUUUCCAGGAACCUUUUCUGCUUUUACAAGUCCAUCUACAUUACUCACACUGCUAUCAACAACAAGAUCUUCUGCUCCUCAGACUUCUGCCUCACAAACUCAAUCUGUAAGUUCAUCACCUAUUCCCACAGUUAGUGUGACAUCUGCUGAAAAACCAGCAGGCACUCACAUACAAAUGCCAGCUGUAACUCUUGCUACCUCAAGAAGUCCAGGUUCACAUCCUACAUCUUUUCCUUCAGUUACUCCUUUGUUAACUUCAAGCACAGGUAUCUCUGCAACAGAUACUGCAUCGUUACCUCUUCCUGAGAUCUCAGAUAUGACAAUACAGUCAUUAGGAACAAGAAGUUCCUCUUUGGCUUCACUAGACAGUAGAACAUUAUCAAGUGGACUUGGUACUGCGACUGCAGAGACAGCACUGACAUUAUGGAAUACUACAUCAACCUCACCUGACAUAACUGAAAAGUAUUCUCCUAGCUCCCCAACCGGUUUAUUAGUUUCCUCAGCCAGAAUAAUAGUUCCUAGUCAAACUGCACAAAUCACUGACCUCUCUUCUAUCAGUUUUGAACUUUAUACAACUACUACUUCAGCUCCCAUUCCUGCUACCUCCCAAACACCUAGAUAUGCUCCAAGCUUUUCUUUGUUUACACCCAAACCCUCCACAGAAGCCUUCAGAACUAUAGCCAUAAAACCGGAUGAAGUUACAGCAUCAGACUGGGCAGUGCAAAAUUCAACCUUUGUUGAGAAAACCACAUAUGCCUUAGAAAGUGAUCACACCUCAGAAGUUAAAGAACAUCUUACAGAGACUAAAUAUGCAAGCCAAGAAGAAUUUUCACUACUUCCAUUGACAAUGUCUCCCAUCCAAAUGACUCCUAUAAGUGAAAGCAGCACAACUUCAAUGAAACCUGUCUCUUCUUCCAAAGCGAUGGAUAUAACUUUUUCAGAUUGGUCUCGAGUUCCACCACCAAAAUCAAUUAGACCUUACUACAAUGUAACUGAACCAAAGCAGGUGAAAACCACCAGCUUACAGAAUGUCACAAUAACAGAUUCAUCUCACUCCACUACAGGGCCUUUGGGAACCCAAGCAUCACAAGCUGAAACAGAAAUUAUGUCAACAGAGAGUGUGGAAUAUGCUUCAUUUGGUACUAUGAUACAUACCUUAAUAUCUGUGACAUCACCGGAAUGCACGCCAAGGUAUCUUGAUCCAAUAGACAGAUGUAGUCAGUAUGUGUGCAUUAAUAUGGGAUGGAUGCUCUACAAUCUCUCACGGAACUGCCAUAAAAAUGUGGAGAAACCUGACUGUGGUUUUCGAGGGAUGCCAGUUCAGGUUAACAGUGACAGCUGCUGUCCAGAAUGGGAAUGCCCUUGUCAAUGCUCUGUCCUGUCUGAAUUGAGUAUCAUUACAUUUGAUGGAAAUAACGUAGCACUGUAUAAAGUAGCAUCCUACAUUUUAGUCAAGCUACCCACAGAAAUUAUUGUGGCUCAUAUAGAAAAAUGUCCUACUAACCAGAGUGCCAAUUCAAUAAGAAAACUAGCUCCGCCUGGAAGUGCUUCAGGCCUCUGUUUUAAGAAACUUAAUGUAACAACAUCUUCAUAUGCUGUACUCAUAAACCGUUUAGCAAGAAAGGUAGUUGUGGAUUCGGUGAUUCAGCCUUUGCCCUUCUCUAAACAUGGCUUAUGCAUUCAAGAUACAGGUGCUAUGUAUGUCAUUAACACUCCAGCAGGGAUCAACAUUAAGUGGGCUCAUGUUACAGGCAUUAUAGAUAUCCAGUAUGGCUUUCACUCCAACACCACCACCAAGACUGAAGGACUUUGCGGUGUUUGCAAUGGUGAUCCAGUUGAUGACCUGAAAAUGCAAAACAGAACAGUAAUUACAAAUAUGGAAGAAAUUGAAGCCUUUAUUAAAAGCUGGGAAAUUGAGAAAUCUGUUGACGUAACAACCAGGAGACCUGUAAGAAACUGUACAGAAGACAACUGUACAUAUUGUAUGGAACUGUUACAUAGAUGGGCUUUUGUUCCAUGCCAUAAAAAAGUUUCACCACAAGAUUUUUGUGAAAAAAUGUGGAUCAACAAUACUUAUUUCUGGAAUUAUGAAUGUGAUGCUCUUUCUGCCUAUGUUGCACUGUGCAACAAACAUAAUAUCUGCAUUAAAUGGAGAACACCAGAUUAUUGUUCCCUCAGCUGUCCCACUGGGAAGGAAUAUCAGCCUUGCGUGCAACCCUGUGCGGCCAAAACAUGCCUAAAUAAAUGGUUCUAUGAAGAAUCACCAUGUUCCUACUUAAGAGAAGACUGUGUUUGCAAAAAUGGGACCAUCCUUCAUAGAACCGAUGCUGACCUUUGCAUUCCAGAAGAAAAAUGUGCAUGCACAGAUAAUGAAGGGCAGCCCCGCUCUGCUGGAGAGGUCUGGAAUGGCUCCAAUAAAGGCUGCUGCAUGUAUAAAUGCUUGGAGAAUGGGAGUAUUAUUGCUAUAGAUCCUGAAUGUAAUGAAGAGCCACCUCCCAUCUGUGAGCGGGAGGGUGAGGCAAUUAUUAAUGUAAUUGAAGAGAAAGCUUGCUGUCCAAAGAAAGUCUGUGAAUGCAACACAACUCUAUGUGACUCUAUUAUUCCAACAUGCAAAAGUUCUGAAAAGCUGGUAGUGGGAUAUAGUCCUUUAUCAUGCUGCCCUCAGUAUCGAUGUGAGUGUGAUCCAUCAGCAUGUCCCAAUGCUUCCCGUCCAGAAUGCAGAGAAGACCAAUUUAUUGUUGAAGCAAAACAGGAAGAUCCUUGCUGCUUUUCGUAUUUGUGUGUUUGCGAAUCCUGUAUUGAACCUAUUCCAUUAUGUAAUGAAGGGGAGAUUCUUACUGUAGAUCUUAACACUACACAGUACUGUUGCCCUCAUUAUCACUGUGUUUGUGAUGAGAACCUCUGUCCAUCAUUUUACCUGAACUGCUCUGCCGACAUGAAACUUCUAAAGAAAAAAGUACCUGGGCAGUGCUGCCCAGACUGGAACUGUGAAUGUGAUUGUGAAAAUGCUACUGUUCCAGCUUGUAAAGUGGGAGAAGUUCAGAGAAUAGAUGAAAAUAUUUCUAGUACAUGUGGAUGUACACAGUACACAUGUGAAAAGGAUAAUGUCUGUGUAUUCCAAGAGGUAACAGUGCUGAACCCUGGUCAGUCUAUUAUUCAGUAUCUGGAUGGAGAUCUUUGUUACACAGUAAAGUGUUCUCAGGAGAGAGACCUCAAGACAGGAUUUCAUGCCAUGGAUCUGACAGUAAUCAACUGUUCCCAAAAAUGCGAAGCCCACCAAGUAUAUGUUCCUUCGCUUAGUCAACAUUCUUGCUGUGGGUCCUGCAUAAAUGUGUCAUGUACUUUCUACACUGGAAAUGGAACUCUAGUCAUAUAUGAAGAAGGAGCCACCUGGGACUCAAACUGUACUAAAUAUGAAUGUGCAAAGACUGCUGUAGGUGCAGUAAUUCUUGGAUCCAGUGUUGUUUGCCCACCUUUUAAUGAGACUGAGUGUACAAAGAAUGGAGGCACUGUACAGACAUAUAAUGAUGGCUGCUGCAAGACCUGCAAAAGGGAUGAAAGGAUCUGCCAAAAAGUGACAGUGAGAACAACUGUAAGGAAACAUGACUGCAUGAGUCGAAGCCCUAUAAAUGUAGCUUCUUGUGAAGGAAAAUGUCCCUCUGCCACAAUUUUUAAUGUCAACAUUGAUAGCCAUUUGAGAUUCUGUAAGUGCUGUCGUGAAAAUGGAGUACAGAAUCUAACUGUACCACUCUACUGCUCAGGAAAUGGCACUGAAAUUAUGUAUGUCAUCCCAGAACCUACAGAUUGUUCAUGUCAAUGGAAUUAAGAAUGUGGUUCAUUUUGCAGAAGAUUGUUUUCAA